AUGGGCGCGCACGAUGCAAACACCGAGACGCUGGACGAUGUGCACGACAUGGCAAGGCUGCGCCACAUCAGCGGAAGAGACGAAGUUCAAAACACUGCCGGAGAGGUAUCGCCAUCGUCACCGACUUCCUCUACCUACGGCACCGAAGGGAAGGACGAGGUCCCACCCUCAGGCUCAAUACCCGACAAGAUUCAGCGUUGGCAAGAAAAUGCAUCGACAGAAACCGAAGAAGCCGAGUCCGGUAUCAUUCUGCGCCUCUUCAGAGCUUGCCUAGAUGCAUUAUCAUGCAUUAUCCAACCUCCUGUGGCAGCGACUAUGUCAAAGCGCCAUAAAAACGCAUUACAACGGUGCCAUUCCAUACUAAAGCUUUGGGCAGACGGGCAUGGCGUUUGGACUGGCAAAUUGGAUGACGUCCUCGAACGGUCCAGAAAUCUCCGACACACAACGCUCUCUAUUCUUAAUCCAAUGUGCGGAGUCUUAUCGAAGGAGCUUCAAAGAACCGCCGUGCCACUAUCUAGCGGUCCUAAUAUCAGACUCUUGUGUAAUACCGCCACAGAGAUUUACAGCCAGACCAAGUGGCUCUUGAUCGAUCACGAUGAAUGCACGAGCGACAGUGACAGCGACAGCGACAGCGACUCAGAUGCCAUCGGGGAGAAGUCCGAUCAAGGUGGGAUCAAGAGGGUUGUAAAUGACGUCAAAACAUACACUGAUUGCCUAGUGGAUCUGGGCACUGCGCUCGACUGCCCAGCGAUGGACCCUGACCAGGAAGAUGAGCCGAGUCUCCCGCGGAGGGCACGUGCCGCUCACGAUUACUACGCAGACAUCAUCUUGGCCAAAUUCCCGAAGGUGAAUGCUAACCUUGCUGAGCGCCUUGGAAAAGCAAAUUGGCUUCGCUAUCUGCGCAUGCAACAAGAGCGGGAAAACAAUGCACACCAGCAACAGGCCAUAUCAUGUCCCACACGUUCCGAGUUCCAAGACUCAGGGCUGGGCACCUCAAUACCCUCAUACGCCGAGACAGUUCUAUCCUUCAUGACCAGCAUAAGCGGUGGGAAGCGGGUUCCAAUCCCACCCCUCCCAGCAGAAGCGAAGAACGGAGCGCAGUUUGAGUGUAACGCAUGCAAUAAGCUUAUACGAGCAAGAACAAACCGCGAUUGGAGAAAGCAUCUUUUCCUCGAUCUUCAGCCUUAUGGUUGUUUCUAUGCUAGCUGCCGCUUUAGCGCAACACCUUUCGCGGACCGUGAGCUUUGGAGUAACCACCUUGCACUCGAUCACAAGCUGGGCCCUGAUUGGUCAUGCAUCCAAUGCCCGCUGUGCUUGGAGCUCACAGAGUCCGGGAAGAGCGCUGUUCUUACGCACUUUGCUAGGCAUAUGGAGGACAUAGCCCUUGCCGCCCUACCGCGCGAGGUCGAGUCUGAAGCCGGAUCUGAGGCGGAGUCCGAUUGCAGCGCCGCGACGGACCAGAAUGCCCACAUCGCGGGUGAUCUUAAUUUCAGUAUAUUCCGGGCUGAGAACGAGGUAGCAUUCGGCGUUGCGGCCGUGGAUGAAACUAGACGCCACCCUGAGAAGAGUGCUCCAGCGACGUCGGCAGCGCCACUGGCUCCUCAAGCACCAAAGCCGCCAGCGGCCACCCAUGCACGGCAACCCACCCAGGACGAUGACUACAGGCAGAGAGACAGCGGUUACUAUGAACAGGAGCCCGUCAAACAUACUUUACACCUUGAGCAACCGCUUCUAUCAUCAGAGGAACCCACCGUGAGGUAUACUCGCACUGGUCGCAUAUCGAAGGCAAAGACGGGUAUGAGGGUUCAUAAUUGUGAAUGCGGAAGAUCGUACACGCGCGCCGAGCACUUAAGAAGGCAUCAAAAGAACCACGCUCAGGACGCGCUCUUCUGCCAAUAUCCUGGGUGUGGCAAGUCAUACUUUAGGUUGGAUCUGCUGCAGCGACAUCAGGAAAGACACUCGCAGGCUAUUCAGAGCCCUCAGCCUCCAGCAGUAGGAAGGCGUCUUUCUAUUACUAUCCCUAACUCAACUGCAUCCCACGAUGACAGCGGAGUCCCACUCUCUGACCUGGACGAAGAACCAGUUGACAGCCCAGCGGACACUCCAGAGAUAGCAGACCCUUCUCCCUACGCCCAGUAUCCCACAGGCUAA